CAAAAGUCGUCCGUGAUGGAGUUGUUCGUAGUUUCCCUACGACUUUAUUAGUAGAAGGUGACGUUGUUGAAAUGUUAUAUGGUGAUGUGGCACCAUGUAAGAUGAUGUUAAUACAAAAGGGACCCCCCUCGAAUGUGUCGUCUAAUAAUAUCUUGGAAGCUAGUCAUGUAUUUAAACCGUCAUUUUUCAAUGAUAUGACAUCAAAAGAAGUAUGGGAACAACAUGUUCAAAAUAGGGGAAGAUAUCAAUUUGUUCUCUUGGAAACUCCUUGGGCAAACAGUUUGAAAGCUGCAUUGGUUCAAGACAGACCUGCUACAAUUAUUUAUAAACAAGCAGAUGUUUUACGAAAAUUCUUUUAUCGAAUACUUAUCAUUGUGCUUGGACUGGCUGUUGGGAUCAACCUUUUAAGGUUUAUCUUAAAAGAGGCUAUCUCAGAAAAUGGACAUUUGGAUCAAGCUUUUGAACUUUUGGUGGUGUUUCCUAUUUAUGCUAUACUCCCAAUAAUACCAUUGCCUUUUCCUACGCUUUGGCUGAUUGUUCGUGCGUUAUGGAAUAAGUUCAGAUAUUUACUCACGAAAUGGGAUGGAACGUCACUAACAAGAUCAACGAAUUUGUUCGAGUCGCUUGGAAGCACUACAAUUAUUUGUUCAAUUGAUCGAGAAGGGACAAUUUCAUCUCCGUUUGCCUCGGUUGAUCAAAUAUAUUUCCCUAAAGCUAAUGAAGAUCCUACUCUACUUGAUAUCGCUGAAGAUCCGAGCACCGAAUUUGGUGUUAAAUUUGAAGAUCAAGAUUGGAAUCAGCAUUUAUCUCGGUUAAAACCUUUGGGACUCAAUCUUCUAUUAAACACUAAUUGUGGUGUUUUAAGAGGUCGAAAACGCGAACAUCAGCAUCGUAAAUAUUCAAGUUUUUGCAUUAAUGCAAAGACAAAGCCAGCACGACAAUCGUGUUUGUGUCGCCUAGGUAGAGAAAUUGGCUUUACGGAUGAUGCGCUAAAUGCAUUUGCAAAGAAAAAAGAGAUUUUUACCAUUGCCCCAUGUCAUCCUUCAUUACAGGAACGAAUUAGAAAUGACCAGUGGGAAGUGCCCAGUAUGGUUUCGUCUAUUUAUGAAGAAGAAGGACAAAGCGGAUAUCAAUUGCUUUCUGAUGGCAACACUGAAAUUAUACUUGAUAACUGUUCUGAUUAUUGGGAUGGUCAAAGAUUGCAAGCCAUGAGCGAAGAGAUUGAGAAUAAGAUUUAUGAUUUUUAUGAGAAUUCCGUAAUAAAUGAUAUGCAAUGUAUCGCAUACGCGUAUCGACCUAUAAAUGUUGAAAAUCUCAAAAGAAUUCCAUUUUUGAUGGAUUCCCCUAAUGAUUCAAUUGGAAGCUACAUUGUUUUACCAUGCCCUCCUGAAAUCGAUCAAAUAGUUGAGGAAGAAGAAAAUGAUGAUCGUGACCUUUCUUUAUCACAGAAAGUUAGGCUUAAAAGAUUGAAGGCCGAUCAGUUGGAAGCUAAGCUGCAUGAUUUUUUGUUUGAUGAGAGUGCACUUACGUUACAAGACGAGGAGACAUUUUAUCAUGAAGUCAUUCAGGGGCAGAUUUUUCUGGCGAUGGCCACACUUUGUCACCAGCCUAAAUUG